AUGAAGCUGCUCAAGUUUUUGCUUCGUUACUUCCCACCGGGCCUGGCCUUGGAGUACACGCAGGGCGGCGUCGUCAAGACGAAGAUCAUCGAUCUCCUGGAUCUGACAGUCGAAACGGACGUAAGAGCAUUAGCGGAGAGCAUAAAGAAGACAGAGCCCGUAAUAACCGAAAGUGUAAUGGACCAGUUAGUGGAGACCCUGCAGAAGCUGCAAGCCAUAGUUUGCGACGCGAACGCCAAGCGUUACUACAGAUACAAAACCCUGCAGACCCAUCUUCUGCCCCUCACGAACAUCGCGUUCGAUAAACUAGGUAAAAGAUGCCUGACGGGCAGCUACGACCGGACGUGUAAAGUUUGGGACAUUGACAGUGGAACGGAGCUUUUUACUCUCGAAGGCCAUAAGAAUGUGGUCUACGCCGUGUCCUUCAACAACCCAACUUCAGACAAAAUUAUAACCGGUUCGUUCGACAAAACUGCUAGGAUUUGGUGCUCCCGCACAGGACACUGCUUGACCACCAUGUGGGGUCACGAUGCCGAGGUCGUUGUCGCUAAAUUCUCGCCCACGCAUAGCAAAGUGGCCACAGGUUCCCUGGACUCAAUGUCUAAAAUCUUUCACUUAGGAACAGGCGACGAAGAGGGGACGUUGAAGGGCCAUACAGCGGAAGUAAUAGCUCUGCACUUCAACAACGAUGGGAAUCAAAUCAUCACAGGCUCCUUCGACGGUACUGUCAGUAUCUGGGACACGAGGACAUACGCUCGAACGAGCGUGUUGAUCGGCCAUCGAUCCGAGCUGUCCAAUUGCAUUUACAACUUCGAUUGCUCGUUGAUCGCGUCGUCGUCGAUAGACAAGACCGCCAAAGUCUGGGACACGAGGAUGUAUUCCUGUUUGGCCACUCUGCGGGGUCACGACGACGAGGUCCUGGAUCUGACCUUCGACAACAAUGGGAAAAAGUUGGCAACCGCGAGCAGCGACGGCACGGCGCGCGUUUGGGACGUGACCAGUGCUUUCCAACAGCUGACCAUCGCGGAAGGACAUCGGGACGAAGUGUCGAAAGUGUGUUUCAGUCCGAACGGUCAACAUCUGCUGACUUCCUCGUCGGACAAAACGUCGAAAUUGUGGUCCAUAGAAGACGGAGGCUGCGUGCAAACGCUCGACGGCCACACCGACGACGUUUUCAGUUGUGCAUUUUCGUACAAUGGCGAUACGGUUAUCACGGCGAGCAAAGACAACACUUGCAUGAUCUGGAGGUGA